CGAAGUUCAUCAAGAACUGUCAAACGGGCAGUUUAACGGGAAUGGCGGCCACCAUACCGCGGCUUUCGUAUGAUCCGGAGUUCCAUGCUGUCCUCAUAAAUAAAAAGACCGAUAGACAUCAUUUGGUACCUGAAUGCUCAGUCUGACCCCCAGAUAACAGGCCCCGCCCCGAAGUCUAUAUGGCGACGUCUGAUACCGUUCACUUCCUCGCGUCCAGAGCCCUCAUCGAGAGCUCGUUCUAUUUCGCCGGCAUCGCGGUUCUCUUUUACGACUAUUUCCUGACCUUGGAUCGGGAAAUUCAGUACGUUUGGAGAAAGAAGCUUCGGCCGGUCGAUGCACUUUUCUUCGUCUGUCGAUAUUCCCAACUCCUCACUACCAUACCAAUAAUCUUGAACUGGGCACUGCCUCCCGGCUGGCGAGGGGAUGCAAUCAAGAGUGACGCCAGUUGCGCAAUCGUCACCAGAGUUCAAGUGGUCUUGAACUUGCUUGUGAUGUGUAGUGCUGCAUUAUUUUCCGCGAUACGCAUAUACGCCAUAUAUGAUAAACGUGUUGUACCAUCUAUUAUAAUCUUCAUUCUGGGAUUGAUCAACCCCGCGAUCACUACAUACUGUCUGAUACAUCUUCAGACAUCGAUUUAUCGGAAUCUCACUACAUCCCUUCAGUUCUGCGGAGGGAGCGAUGGCUCGCACAUGAACGCAUGGAUGAUGGGCGCUAGAGCGUCAUCCGUGGUUGCGGAUGGCUUGAUAUUGGGCUUGACUUGGAUCAAGAUUAAGCAGGUCAAAGAUGCCCAAGGCGAGAAGACCAUUCGCGCGAGCUUGACCAUGGUGUUAUGGGCUGAUACUACCAUAUACUUUGGUUUACUCCUGCUGGUGAACAUAGUGGGAAUAGGAACUGGCCGAAUCAGUGAUUUUUUUUGGAUCACCCUUAUGUGGACUCCGGUCCUGACGUCCAUUAUCCUCUCCCGGCUCCUCCUCGAUCUGCGUGAGACCGGCGAACUGUAUGACGACCAACAGGCGGCCUGGUGUACCUCUGGGAACAUCAUCUUCGCAAAAGAUACAGACUCGGACGACGACUGCCGGACACUUGAUGACAUCAUUGUCAAUGAACAUGAGCUGAGCACGGUGAACAGCACGUUUGAGCCAUAUGAUGAUCACAGCAUUCGGCAUAAACCCACUGCAUGUAUUGUAUGAUAGCUUGACGGUUGGUUGGAGCGAAUCUGGCAGGUGAAUUAACGAGCACCGAGCAGUGUCUAUUUCGGUGGAUAGAGCUAUAUUCUGUAGGGAAGACGAGCAUGAUGCACACACUGUACACUAUGAAUUAUAUUUUGAAGGCUAGACAUAUGUUGCCAUCGUCCCUGAUACGUCGUCCAUGUUCAUUCAAGAGCAUCAAAGCAGCCGACGAUCAAAUGACCAAUCAAGUUGAACUACAGUUGAAGUCGAGCUCACUGACGCUUGCGAUAUUGACGCAGAUAUAAGUUGCUGUGCCAUUUGGCGCGCUUAGGUGCGUGCCCGUCGCAGUAAUAUCUUCACACUCGUCCGAGCAGUCUAAAUCGACGACCA